AUGCUGGAGCUUCUAGUUGACAAAUGUGGGGACGCUGAUGUGAGCUGGGGUCUGGACGUUGCCGUGGAGAAGAAGAGCGCGGAAAUGGCGCGAGUGUUUGUGAAGAGUAGCAGCGUCGACACCCGAGUGCAAGCUUUGGUCAAGGCGGCGAAGGAGAAAUGCCGGGAGGUCGCCCAAGUUAUCCUUGCGCACAGCGACCAGGCCACAUACCAACGGGCGUUGCCGCAGAUCGCGGCUUGUGCUAUGACGGACAUCGCGGAGUUGGUGCUCGGCAGUUGCGACCACAUCACGAUCGCGAAUGUCUUUGCAGGCGCUGCGGCGGAUGGUGUUGUCGUCCUUGUAGAGCGCUUGCUGAGCCAAAUGGACGGGUACACUAUCACGCGUGCGCUGACUUGCGCUGCUCCGCGUGGUCAUGGCGAGGUCGUGGAAGUUUUGAUGGAGAAAUGUGACGUCUUGGCUGUCAAGUUUGCUCUCUCGGCAGCAGCAAUGGAAGGCCGUGUGGAGGUGGUGGAGUUGCUGCGAGACCAGUGUGACCAAGUGAGCGUCGACGAGGCAGUAGCGAGAGCUAGGGCAGCUGGGUACUUCGACGUCGUGCAUAUUCUGGAGAACAAGAAAGCGAGGCGUCACUGA